UGAGGAGGAGGAUUCUCUCUCCUCCACGGAGGGUGAUGAAGCGGAGACAUGAGGCUGGGGUCUGACGACAAACAAACAUGUGCUGUCCGGAGAGCGUGAAGGAGCUUUCAAGGAUCUCACCUGUGGAUUUGUGUCCUCGAAAUGCACAAUUUGAGCAAAAGUGUCGUCUUGCUCUUGUGUCUGCUGGCGAGCGGACAAUGUCGCCAGAGAAGACACCGGCUGCCGAGGUGGAGCGGAGCUGUGGACGCGCAGAAACAUUCCACCUCCUUGUCAAAGAAGCCUCCAGAUGUGACCAAGUCCCGCAAGGUGAAGACAGAGCAUCUGAUCAAAGUAGAUGACCACGACUUCACCAUGAGGCCAGCAUUUGGAGGUCCUGCCAUUCCCGUUGGUGUCGAUGUUCAGGUGGAGAGCUUGGACAGCAUCUCUGAAGUUGAUAUGGAUUUUACCAUGACUCUGUACCUGAGACAUUAUUGGAAAGAUGAGCGCCUGUCAUUUACCGGCAGUUCCAACAAGAGCAUGACAUUUGAUGGUCGCCUUGUAAAAAAGAUCUGGGUCCCGGACGUCUUCUUUGUCCACUCGAAGAGGUCCUUUAUCCACGACACCACCACAGACAACAUCAUGCUGCGCGUCUUUCCCGAUGGACACGUCCUGUACAGUCUCAGAGUGACGGUUACAGCAGCUUGCAACAUGGACUUCAGUCGCUUCCCUCUGGAUUCUCAGACUUGUUCACUGGAGUUAGAGAGCUACGCAUACACGGACGAAGACCUGAUGCUCUACUGGAAAAGUGGUGAUGAGUCACUGAGUACCGAUGAUCGCAUUUCCUUGUCACAGUUCCUCAUCCAGAAGUUUCACACCACAUCUCGCUUGGCCUUCUACAGCAGCACAGGCUGGUACAAUCGGCUGUACAUCAACUUCACUCUGAGACGCCACAUCUUCUUCUUCCUGCUGCAGACCUAUUUUCCAGCCACUCUGAUGGUGAUGCUAUCAUGGGUGUCCUUCUGGAUCGACCGUCGGGCUGUGCCAGCCAGAGUUUCUUUGGGUAUCACUACAGUGCUAACCAUGUCCACCAUCAUCACUGGCGUCAAUGCGUCCAUGCCUCGGGUGUCCUACAUCAAGGCAGUGGACAUUUACCUCUGGGUCAGCUUCGUUUUUGUCUUCUUAUCUGUGUUGGAAUACGCUGCUGUCAACUACUUGUCCACCGUCCAGGACCGCCGGGAACGCAAAAGGAGAGAGCGGGCAAGAUCCCAGUCGCUGCCAUGCACGUGCGGGAUCUCCCAGACAAGAACCAUGGCCAUGUUGGACGGCACCUACAGCGAGGCGGACACCAACAGCCUCGCGGGAUACACGGAAGAGCCGCUGGAGGAGGAGGAGGAGGAGGUAGCAGAGAAGGUAGAACAUAUGGUGGUUCACCUGUCAGUCAGCAGUGAGUCCACAACCACCAAGAAGAAGAAGAGUCUCCGCGGUCUAAACAUCAUACAGAACACGCACGCAAUAGAUAAAUAUUCACGCAUGAUUUUUCCUGGUUCCUAUAUUUUCUUCAACCUGAUCUACUGGUCUGUCUACUGCUGAAACACUUUUUCAACAACUUUUCUACUUCACUGUCUGCAAGUUUUAGUGCUAAGACUCACAAAUGUCAGUUGUUUUUUUUCACGCAGCAACGUGAACGUCCAUGAAGAGAAGAAGAAGAAUUUUUAUUUGACAAUGAAAGACUUUCUAUUUACAUUCUUGUCGUGGUGGUCCUCCAUUUUUGUAACCACAUUGAUGAAAAUGCCAAAUAUCAAUUCAUGAAAAUAUAUAUACAGUAUGACUAAUGGUUGUUUAAUAAUUAUAUAUAUAUAUGACUGAUAGCUAUGUAUAUUGAAUAUAUUGUGACAAAUAGCUAUUAAUUAGAUAUGACUAAUAACUACUAAUUAUACAUGACAAUAGGUGUUUGUUAAUUAUAUAUAUGACUAAUACCUGUUUGUUAUUUAUGAGACCGAUAGUUAUUCAAUAUAAAGUUAUGACUACCGGUAAUAGCUAUUUAUUAAUUUAUAUAUGACAGAAUUAUUUAUUUAUUAUUAUGACUGACACCUAUUAUUUGAUAUACUGUAUUACUGCUUUGUAUUAUAUAUAUGACUGAUAACUAUUGAUUAUUUAUAUUAUUGAUAACUAUGAAUUAUCUGUAUGACUGAUGGCUAUUAAUUAUAUGUAGAUGAUAGCUGUUUAUUUAUUAUAUUCAACUGAUAACUAUUAUAUACUGUGUGACUGAUAACUACUUAUUGAUUAUAAUAUGAUAAUAUCUAUUAUAUAUGACUGAUAACAAUUAGUUAUAUGACUGAUAGCUAAUUGUAUAUAUGAUUGGUAACUUAAUUAUUACUGUAUAUAUAUGACUGACAGCUAUUUAACAAUUUUAGAUAUGAUUGAUACUUGUUUUUUUUUAUAUAUAACUGAUAAUUAUUAAUUGUAAUUAGUGAUACCAAUGUAUCAUAAAUAUUCAUUUUAAU